CGGCCGCCCCCUCACGCCGCCGCUCAGCUGAGGAGACAAUGGGCGAUCAAAGGAGGGGAGGGGGAGGAGGAAGAGGAUGGCGCUAGACCAGGCGAGAGCCCGGCCGGGUGGCGCUUUCUCUGCGCUCGAUUAGUGAUCCUAGAGAGGGAGAGUCAGCCGGGCGCCGAAGCGAGGCGCUGGAAGGGACACCGAGUGGUGGUGGUGGUGGUGGUGGAGCUGGCGGCGGGUACAGGGAGUCCUUGCCGCUGCAGUUGCUACCUCCUCCUCUUCCUCCUCCUCCCUCUCCCCGCUCUCCCGCGCCUCGCGAGCAAAGUGUGCGCGAGAGAGUGUGAGUGGUGAGUGUGAGUGAGCGAGCCCCGUUGCGCAGCUUGGUUUGCGCACAAGCACCACCAGCCGCGGAGGAGGAGGGCGGCAGAGGCACUACCACCACCACCACUAUCACCACCACCACCACCACCAGCAGCAGCAGCACUACCGCCACCAGCGCCCGGGCAUUUGAGGAGAGGAGCGCUGUGGAGCGAGGCAGAAUACACGCAUAUCUGAGGAGGGGUGGUGGGUGGCUGGGGGAAGGAAAAGCGAAGCGGCGGCGGCGGCAGAGGCCACACCAAGACCCCAAGUGAGACAAAAGUAGCUCCAAACCAGCACCCAACUCCACCUUGGGAGGCAGGCGGCAGGCGGGCGCCUCAGCAUGGCUUCCGAGGAACUCUACGAGGUAGAGAGAAUUGUUGAUAAAAGAAAAAACAAGAAAGGAAAAACCGAAUAUUUAGUGCGAUGGAAAGGAUAUGAGAGUGAAGAUGACACAUGGGAACCUGAACAGCACCUUGUGAAUUGUGAAGAAUAUAUACAUGAAUUUAACAGGCAUCACAAUGAAAAACAAAAAGAAAGCACAUUAACAAGGACAAACAGGACAUCUCCAAAUAAUGCAAGAAAACAAAUUUCUCGAUCUACUAAUAGUUCUUUUUCAAAAACAUCCAAGUCCUUAGUUAUUGGAAAAGACCACGAAUCAAAAAAUCAACUGUUUGCUGCCCAGAAGUUUCGGAAAAACAACACUCCUCUCUCUGGUAGAAAAAACAUGGACCUUUCAAAAUCAGGUAUCAAAAUUCUUGUGCCCAAAAGUCCUAUCAAGAGUCGGCCAGUAGUAGAUGGCUUUCAGAAUGAAAGUCCUGAUAAGCUGGAUCGCAUUGAGCAGGAUCAUGAAGAUUCUGUAGCCCCAGAGGUGGCAGCAGAAAAACCAGUUGGAGCUUUAUUAGGUCCUGGAGAAGAACGUGCUAGAAUGGGGAGCAGGCCAAGAAUACAUUCAUUAGUGCCACAGUUGCCGGUGCCAGUAACAGCUACCAUUGCAUCUGCAUUAACAAUAAAUGGAAAAGGAACGUCUACCUUUAUAGAAGCCUUGGCAACCAAUGGUACCAACAUUCAGACAUCAGUAACAGGAGUAGCAGCCAACAAACGAAGAUUCAUUGAUGAAAGGAGAGAUCAGCCUUUUGAUAAAAGGCUACGAUUCAGUGUGCGGCAAACUGAAAGUGCUUACCGCUACAGAGACAUUGUUGUCAGGAAGCAAGAUGGAUUCACGCAUAUUUUAUUAUCCACUAAAUCAUCAGAGAACAAUUCAUUAAAUCCAGAGGUGAUGAAAGAAGUCCAGAGUGCACUGAACACAGCAGCUGUUGAUGACAGUAAACUUGUACUUCUUAGUGCAGUUGGCAGUGUUUUCUGUUGUGGCCUUGAUUUCAUUUAUUUUAUUCGACGUUUGACAGAUGAUAGAAAAAGGGAAAGUACUAAGAUGGCAGAUGCAAUUAGGAAUUUUGUAAAUACUUUUAUUCAGUUUAAAAAGCCCAUAAUUGUUGCAGUAAAUGGCCCAGCUAUUGGACUUGGAGCAUCUAUAUUACCUCUAUGUGACGUGGUAUGGGCUAAUGAGAAGGCUUGGUUUCAGACCCCAUAUACAACAUUUGGGCAAAGUCCUGAUGGAUGUUCAUCUCUCACAUUCCCAAGAAUAAUGGGUCUGGCAUCUGCAAAUGAAAUGUUAUUUAGUGGAAGAAAGCUAACAGCACAAGAAGCUUGUUCGAAAGGACUGGUGUCUCAAGUAUUUUGGCCAGGAACAUUCACGCAGGAAGUUAUGGUUCGAAUUAAGGAACUUGUCACGUGUAAUUCAGUUGUACUUGAAGAAUCCAAAGGUUUAGUUCGUAGUAUUAUGAAGGUGGACUUGGAACAAGCCAAUGAUAAGGAGUGUGAAGUUUUAAAGAAAAUUUGGGGUUCUGCUCAAGGAAUGGACUCAAUGUUAAAAUACUUACAGAAGAAGAUUGAUGAAUUUUGAAGAGAUGUGCAUUGACACUGGAUUGUACUUACUUGGAUAUCUGGAUUUUUCAUCAAUACCCUAACUGAAAUUAAAAUAAAACAUACCUAAGGCUCAGAAAAUGUGGGCUAAAAGGCAGAGGAACAUGGUUUUAUGGUCAAGGGUUUUUAAAGAAGUACUGUAUGUUAAGCAUUGAUUUUUUUUUCUUUUUCCACAUAUAUAAAUAUAUAUAUAUAUAUAUUAUAUUUCUUUAUGUACACAAACUAAAAUAUAUAAUGGAGUGCACUACCAAACUUUUUGUCUUCUACUUUGUUAUCAUUGGCUAGUACUGUAUCAGAAGAAAGUGGUGAAUAAAAUGAAAUGUUGCAUUAUUUUGUAUGUAGCAGGAAAGUCCUGAAGCAAUGACUAUUUUUUCACUAGAGUCCAGAGUUAAAACGGGUAUUGGCCGGCCCUUACUUUCACUGCCCAAAAAGUCAGUUAAGAAGAGGCAUUGCCUUGAAUUUUGAGAAAGGUUUAAAAAUACCUCAAAUAAUGUAUUCUAAACAAAAAACAAAUAUUUUAUAAGAAAAAAAAUACCCUAUAUAGAAAACGCCCCUCUUCCCCCAAAUUCCUAAGUGUGCUCAGGAUUUAUUCUAUACGAACACUCAGUCCUUCUUGUUUUGGGGAACGUGCCCUGUUCUUACCCAGAUAGCAUGAAGAUGCCAGUUUCUUGUCAAAAAAAAAAAAAAAAGUUUUGUUUUGCAGUAUUAGUGAAUCACUGAAAUACCAUAUAUACUAUGGGUUAAAUAAUAGUUUAGUGUUAGUGGUUUUAUAAAAAUUUAGGGUUUUUUAAUUAUUUUACUACAUAAUUGCUUCUAUUGCUGGGUGAAAAAACCUACAUACAUUGUUUUGUUCUAUUUGCUUGUUUAAAGAAAUACACCAAAAAUAUAUAUAUUAUGUCCAUCUUUAGCUUCCUGUAGAAUAUAUUUUAUUUAAUAAGUUAAAAUUUGUGUGGCACACUAUUAAUUAUUCCUUUUCCAUGCUACCUUAUCUGGUUUAGUUUAUUGUUUUUUUUGUCAAUGCUUUUAAUCUUAAUUAUACACUAUGUCCCUGAUCCAGAGAUCUCUCCAUGCAGCAACAGGCGGAAGGCAUUUUGCAAGGCAUUGGAUGAGGUUCCCCUCCAGUGAACAGGAGUAGUGCUUUUAAUUGAAGUGGGUACGUAGAUGUAUUUUUGGCAGCCUAUAUUUGAUGCAGGAUUACUAUCCGUGGCCUCACAACCCUACAUCAAUUGUUAGAGGCAAACCCCUCCAUCUUCCCAUCAAACACACAGUGCCCUUUUGUGCGCAUGGAACUGCAUCCAGAAGGGCAAUGUGCUAGUGAAAUUCUGUUUUCCCUUCAUGCCUUUUCUGGAUCAGGGUACAUAAUAGACAGUCUGGUAUACAAGAGUGCCCUGUGUAAAUAGACCUAUUUUACAUUCCUGUUGGGAGUGUAUGAUGAUUCCUACUUCAGAUAUCUACUAGGAUUUAGAUAUCUAUCCUUGCAAUCUUACUGAAUGUAU